AUGGUGAAGUUGAACGAAGUAUCACCUAUUGAUUACAACAAUACAAGUGUUCGUGAUCCUCAAUCAAGUAUCAUCAAUAUUGAUCAAACUACAACAACUCAAUCACGAACAUUAUGGGAACAAAUUCGAACAAAAAAAUGGGUGCGGAUUGUAUUGUUAAUUCUGAGAAGUGGAGAUACAGAAAAAACAUUAUCAACAGAAGCAACAACAACGAUAACAACAGAAACAACUACAAUGAUAACAACAGGAACAACAACAACAACAAUGAUAAUAACAACAACGAUAACAACAGCAACAACAACAAUGAUAAUAACAACAACAACGACAACAACAAUAGCUACUACGACAACAAGCGGUUCAUGUUUGUUAUAUACUGAGCUAGCAAGUUUCAAUUCUGCAACUAUUCUGCUCAACUCGAUAUUAUUAGCUGAUAUUAAUAAAGAUACCAAAUUAGAUAUUAUUGUCGGAAACCGUUUUGAGAAAACUAUUAUGAUAUUCUUAAAUCUUGACGAUGGAACAUUUACUCAAUCGAAAACGGUUUCACAUAAAAUCGAGCCGUCACAUAUAACUACAGGUGAUAUCAAUAAUGAUGGCAAGCUCGAUAUUAUUGCUACCUAUAGAGAUGCACCGGACAUUACUGUUUUUUAUAACACCGGCAAUGACAACUUUAACAAUACGAUGAUCAUUCCAACGGAAGUACCCAUAGCUGAUGUGAAAACAAUUGAUAUUAAUAAAGACAAUAAACUUGAUCUUAUUGUCGCCUGUUCGUUCGAAGAAUGUAUUAUCGUUUUUUUGAAUGAUGGUGACGGAGUAUUUAGUAAACAAAUCAGGUAUGAACCUACUUAUUUUCCACUCGAUCUGGAAGUAAUCGAUGUGAAUAAUGAUGCUCUGCCUGAUAUUAUUACAAGACAUGAUCAUUAUAAAAUAACUGUGUUUUUAAAUACCGAUAAUGGUAAUUUUAUCGAGCAAAAGUCUACUUCGAUUAGCCUGGAUUCUCGAUUUAUUAAAGCUAUUGAUAUAAAUGGUGACAAUAAAAGUGAUCUACUCGUAGGAUAUUCUUCGAGUUUUCAGAUACAUUUCGGUUUUGGCAAUACUACAUUUGCUGAUCCAAUUGAACAUUGCAGUAACUAUGGAAUAACAUCUUUAGAAACAGCCGAUUUCAACAAUGACAAUAAAAUAGAUAUUAUUCUCUCACAUAGUGACAGCAAUAAAAUUAGUAUUUUUUUAAAUACAGGUAAUGGAACAUUUAAAGAACCAAAAAUUCUGGACAACAUUAACCACCCAAAGUAUGCAUCAAUGAUUGAUAUUAAUAGUGAUGGUAAAGUAAAACUUGUUAUCGCAAACGAUCAAACUAUCGGAACACUUGACUUCCGCUGUUAG